AAGGACGGAACAACUGGAUCGCAACGCGCCCCCCCACCAACCCGCAUCCAUCACCAGAGCUUACGAGGGUCCGGACGCGCGCUCACCUGCCACCUGUGCGCGCACGGGGAGAGACACACGUUUAUAUUUUCGGUUCAUUCCCACCGUGGUUCCCUAUGGAUUACAUGAAGGUGUGUGGACCGUGAGGACGGAGUGCGUCGGGCGGAGAGCUUGCGUGUGCGUCCAACAGGUGGACGCACGAAUUGACCAGACACACAAACUCCCAGUGGAUUGAUUGAUCCCCCCCCCCCUAUCGAUCGACCGAUUCUCAGUUGAGACUCGACUAACCCGCGCUCCUUCGCUCCUCCUCAGAUGUGGAGCGGGUGCGCAUUGUCUCGCUCUCAAGUAGUUUCUCUCUCCAGCGACUUGAGUGUUGUCUGUUUCUUUUCCGCGCAAAUAAUGAAACUGCAAUGAGGUAAGACGCCGGCUGCAUUUUGUAUUUUGUCUUUCAUUGAACCCAAAGCGAGGUUUCGGCGGACACGCUGCGGAAUCCACCGCUCGCCCACAUCGUCCACUGACGCCUGCGGGUCCCUCGGUGAUCGUGGGGGGAAGUUGGGAUCCUCUCUGUGGGCACAUCUGCAUGUCGAGGGCGCAGGUGGCAGCCAAAGGUCGCAGUCAUGCCGAUGCAUCCAGUCACCUCCACGUUGAUGUACCGGGGGAUCUGCACCAUCCCCGACAUGCUGUACAGCCAGCCGGUGAACCUGCCCGAAGACGAAGUUGAAGAGAUCCGCGAGGCCUUCAAAGUGUUCGACCGCGAUGGAAACGGAUUCAUCUCAAAGCAGGAGCUGGGCAUGGCCAUGCGCUCCCUCGGCUACAUGCCGAACGAGGUGGAGCUGGAGGUCAUCAUCCAGAGACUGGACAUGGACGGCGACGGCCAGGUGGACUUUGAGGAGUUCGUCACUCUCCUGGGCCCGAAGCUGACGGCAGCCGGGUUGCCGGAUAAGUUCCACGGCGCAGACUUUGACUCCGUCUUUUGGAAGACAGACAUGCAGAAGCUGACGGUAGAGGAGCUGAAGAGGCUUCUGUACGAUACCUUCUGUGACCACCUCUCUAUGAAAGACAUCGAGAACAUCAUCAUGACCGAGGAGAACCACAUAGAGAACCCUGGGCAGUGCCAGGUGGAUAUAGACAGUUCCAGCCCGACGCAGCAUGUGAAGCAAACCUGUGUGCGCAAGAGCCUGAUAUGCGCCUUCGCCAUCGCUUUCAUCAUCAGCGUCAUGCUCAUCGCAGCCAAUCAGGUGCUGCGGAGCGGCAUGAAAUAGGAGCUGUGGCGUUUUCAGCCUUGACCACCACCUAAAGGCUGCCUUUACAGAUACAUGACUGAGAGAUAAAGCUAGCAAAAUAAAAAAUAAAAGAAUUCUAAGGACAAUCACCCAGCUGUGAAACAGGCUACCACACGACUGCUGUAGGCACCAAGGACUCCACAGGUGCAGGACUCUGUCUUGGUGACAGAGACAAGCUAACAGCUCAUGGAAUACCAAGGACAACAGGACCUCACAUAUAAAGAGACAGAGGCGUUUGUAAACUUGGACAGCUGACAAUACAUAUCACUAUUCGUAAUACAGCAUUUAGUAUUCAUUAGCUAUGUGCAUUUGAGCAGUGUUGCAUUCACUAUGGUGGCAGCUAUAGAGAGACGUGUAGUGACUGUCCAGUUUUGUAAUUUUCAGUGUACCAAACGGUUAAUUAAAAAAGAGUAGAAAGAAAUCUGUGAAAUAUUGUGGGGAACAUUGAAGAAAAUGUAUUCCAGAGCCUGGAAAAGUGUUUUGUGUAAGGUUUGGUGUGCACAGCGAUGUGUGGGGGAGGUGCAUGUGGUGCAACAUUGUUCAAAAUAGAAAAAAUAACCUCUUGGGAAUAACAACAGCGUGGUAAGAAACAGGCAGGUGUGGGUUUCCAGGGAUGUGCCCAUGAUUGCGUGGAUGGUGUCAGUCAAUCACAUGCUGCGGGGCUUCAGGCUGGGCAGGGGGCGAAGCGGGUCAACACCUCUCAGGAGGAAGGUGUUUGGGUCUGGCUGUAAAGUGGGAAGGUAACUGGCUGGAAAGUGGCUGGACAUGCAGUAAACACUCAACUCUGUCUCCACAGGGGGGCUUCGGAGGCCUCGGAGGGUGACCAUCAUCUAUGCAUGAAGUGCAUGGAUUUAAAAAACUGUAGUCUUGACACAUUUGUAAAAGUUCUUAUCAAUGUAUUAAUCAUUAUGACUGUGUAACAGAACUGUUCUCAAUACUUUAUGACAACUGUGAGCAAUUGUUUGUGGCGCAGGGUAUCAGCAAUCACAGCAAAAGUAAAUUAUACUACUGCAUGAAAAAGAAGGGCUGCUUUAGUACAUGCUCGUGAAAAAAAUAUUUCCCUGGUCGCUACUCUGUAGACGAUGUGCCUCACACGGGGCACCUGAUGAUCGUCUCUUACAGCAACCGAAGAGCAAACUCCUUCAAGACGUUUAAAGAAUAUGCAUCAAACUGAUCUAGCUAUGGUUGGGGGUGUAAAUCUGCAGGACUCUGUUUUCUUCUUUUGUGUCUUUUUUGUCUGGAAGUGUUGCUAUAGAGCAAUAACUGUUUGUUAAAUAGUAAUCACAGGAGACUAGUACCAACGGACCUACAAACUGUUGAGGUUAAAAAGAUUUUAUAGCACUUUUCGAAUUGGAGAUUUUUGGCAAUACAACAGACACUGGGUCUGAUGUUCAAACAGUGAAGAUCACAGACGAGUGGACACCUGUGUGUUAGAGGCUGCCCUUUGCAUUGAAGUGAGACUGGGGCCAAAUCGUGUAAACUGUUGCAAUAAAACAUUAAUAUCUGUGAUGCACCACAUUAAAGGUUUGUUUGGAUGUAGUUUAGAUUGUUGUGCAUGCAUCUGGGUCAGGUCUGUCACAAUUGAUGUGUUUUGUGCAUUUGAAGUGACUUCAACCAAAGCUUUUGGGAACCAACACAACAGGGCCACUGAACAAGAGCAAGCUUAGUAAUAAGAGACAAUAAAAUAAAGAUUUGAAGGAUUAAAAUAUCUGAAAUCCCACAAUUACCUAUGCUAACUAUUUUUAGAUGACGCUCCAGAAAGGAUUCAAUCUAACCUGAAACCAGAAA